GAAAAAGAAUGGAAAUGGUAAUAGUAGCAGUAUCAUCGUAGCUAUGUAUAAGGAUCUGUGAAAGAGUUUUUACAAAGAAAAAAAAAAGGAAAAAAAGACUCCAUAAGUCCAUAUCUGAUAUCUCUCCCCUGCACCACGGCGGCGGCGCCAGUGAAAGUGCCAUCCAUCUGCACUCUCUUUUGCCGGUUUCUUCUCCCUGUAAAGGGUUUGCUUUGCUUUGGUAGCCUUCGUUUUCAUAGCCUUGCAAGUAAUCUUACCUCAUAAACCCUCUGCUAUCUCUGCUUAGGAAGAGAGCAAGAAAAGAACAUAUUUUGGUUGAAGUUAGAUUCCUGAUCUCAAUCUUGGGUUUCCUCAUUUUCACAAGCUCAGCUGGCUUCAUUAUACGCUCACAUCAUCUGUGGUGGAUUUGAAAUUUGACCGAGAUAAAGCAGAACCUAGUUUUCCAUUGUAUGUUCAAAAGAAAGCUGUGGGUUUUGUUGGGAUCUUGUGACUUCAAUAGUCUUGUGGUGGCUGGGUAUAAAAUUCAACUGGAGAUCAGUUGAAGAAGAGCAUUUUGUUAAUUUCAAUUAGAUGGUCACUUUCUGCUUCUGAGCAAAAUGGGUUGUUGUGUCUCGACUAGUAGUGAGAGUACUUGUGGUAACAGAAGUAAUGGGGAGAAAGUUUCUCCUGAAUGUUUUGGAAUAGGCAUGUUUGGGCGAAAGAGAACGUUUUACAACCAUACGAGGGCAUUGCAACAUUUGGCUUCAAUACCUAAUCGGAUAUUCACAAAUGGAAGGAGCCGCAGCUCUUGUAUAUUCACUCAACAGGGUCGCAAGGGCAUAAAUCAAGAUGCCAUGAUUGUGUGGGAAGAUUUCAUGGCAGAAGAUGUGACAUUUUGCGGGGUCUUUGAUGGCCAUGGCCCACACGGGCAUAUGGUUGCUCGCAAAGUGAGGGAUGCAUUGCCAUUGAAGUUAUUGUCGUUUCUGCAGUCCUCUGAAUCAAAACACAGCAAGUCUACUGCUAAUUGCUGCAAACGGAACCCAAAAUUGGAUGUUGUUGAUCCCGAGAAGGAGGACCUUACGGAGGAUAAAGCGGGCUCCUUUUGGAGAGACGCUUUCCUUAAAUCGUACAAGGCUAUGGACAAAGAAUUGAGGUCUCAUCCUAACAUAGAUUGCUUUUGCAGUGGUAGCACUGCUGUUACUAUAGUAAAACAGGGGUCAAAUCUUUUCAUGGGAAACAUUGGUGAUUCUCGGGCAAUCUUGGCAUCAAAAGACAGCAAUGAUAUGAUGGUGGCUAUCCAAUUGACAGUUGAUUUGAAGCCGGAUUUACCUAAGGAAGCAGAGAGGAUAAAAAGGUGUAAAGGUCGGGUUUUUGCAUUGCAAGAUGAGCCCGAAGUGCAGAGAGUUUGGCUGCCAUUUGAUAAUGCUCCUGGAUUAGCUAUGGCUAGAGCAUUUGGGGAUUUUUGUCUGAAGGAAUAUGGAGUUAUCUCUAUUCCCGAAGUUUCUCAUCGUGUUCUUACUGAUCGGGAUAAGUUUAUUGUUCUUGCGUCUGAUGGUGUAUGGGAUGUGCUGAGCAAUGAAGAAGUGGUUGAAAUUGUGUCGGGAGCUCCUUUAAGGUCAUCUGCAGCGAGAACAGUGGUCGAGUCUGCAGCACGAGAAUGGAAAACCAAAUAUCCAACGUCCAAGAUGGACGAUUGUGCAGUGGUGUGCUUGUUCUUGGAUGGGAAGAUGGACUCGGAAUCUGACUACGAAGAACAAGGUUUCUCGUCUGCUACGAUUCAGAGCAACCACUCUGGCAAUGUUGCAGAAUCGGACGAUGGACAGAACAUUGAACCGUCCCUGCAGAGAAACUGUACUGUCAGAUCUGCAGAAGAAAACGACGCUUACAAAAUAAUAGUAGCAGCAGCAGCGGAUACGCAAACAAAUGAAGAACCCGUUGAAGUCUCAGAAAACCAGAAUUGGUCGGGAUUGGAAGGCGUCACGCGUGUCAACUCUCUGGUUCAACUUCCCAGAUUUUCCGGUGAGAGGCAAAGGCCUUAACUUUUUCAUUUGGAACAUAUAAUGCCAUCUGUCUCACAAAAGGCAUUAGAAUUCUCGCUGUUGCAUCUUCUUGAAAGUUUCGUGCACGCAGCAUUCCACUAUCAUUGUCCCGCGCCAAUCGGUUUGCUACAAUUAGUCAGUUUUCUUGCAGUAAUCUCAAUUGUACAUUCCAUUUUCAUGAAGUAUUAGUGUAUAUACUGUAACAUUAUGCAUGUUAAACAGUAGGAUAAUGCUUCUUGUGUUAAGUGCAUGAUUUUGUGCUUACUGCUCUGCAAGAGUGGCUAGAUUUGCAGAAUUUCUGCAGUUUGAAACUCAAUGUUCAGGUUGCAAGAUUUAUUAUCUGAAAUACUUCUCUUGAGAAGAAGAGACCAUGAAACCAAUGUGCUUGGAAGUUGAGAUUUAUAGUAAUGUUACAAGUGUUGGUGCUAAA